AUGGCCAUGGAAAGUUGUGAAUGUCGUAUUGUAUUUUAUUUAAAGAAUAAUGUCAUAAUGAACAAUUUAUUGUAUAAGGCCGAAGAAUCUAACGAACUGUCCGAAAUAGAGAGCAGUGGUCAAGGUUCAACUAUUCAAGGGGAUUUGAUGACACACUUGAUAAGAAGAUAUAUAAGACACGCUGAACGAUUAAAGUUAGAAGGCGAUGAAGACGCCGCAGAAGAUAUGAUGAGAAAGCACAUUGAGAGAACAGGAGCUAAGAUAGAAAAACGUGUUGAAGAUCUGUAUUCCAGACUUGGUUUAGUAGAGAACAAUAUGACAGGGGUACAGAAAGGAGAAACUGAUAUUGUAAGACUACAAUUAGAACAUCUUGAAAUGUCCAAACAACAAGCUGAACAAAGAGAUCGAGAAUUAAGUAAUUUUAUGAGGACAAUGGAUCAAACUAAACUAGAGCUUUUAUCUCGAAUGGACGCUGAAAGGAUUGAAAUAAAUAGACUGUUGCAGAUUCAAAAGGAUGAAAUGAUGGAAAGAUGGGACAGAGAAUACGAGGAAAGACAACAAAAGUUGAAAGAGCUUGAAGACCUUCAAGUAAGAAGACGUCAAUUACAAGCUGAAAAGGCAGCACAAGAAGCUAAAAUAAAAGCUGAAGAAGAACAAAGAAAAGCUGGUGAUGAACAAAGAGCAGCCGAUGACAAAGAAAGAUCAGCUGAUGACGAACAAGCAGCAGGAGACGAACAAAAAGCAGCUGAUGACAAACAAUCAGCAGUGGGUGACGCACAAAGAGCAGCUGCUGAUGACAAACAAACAGCAUCCGAUGACGCACAAAAAGCAACUGAUGACAUUCAGAAGGAUUUAGAUGAUGUUGAUGAUGAAAUUGAGAAAAAAAUACAGGAAUAA